UCCUUCAUAAGGUCCUCUCUGUCGACAGCUUUUUCAGCUCUUCCUUGAAACAGAGCACAGCACUGCCUCAUAUGUAGAAGGACAGUUUGCAUUCAUUCUCCUCUUGUUCUUAUUUCCCCAUAUUAACUCUUCUUCUUUAAUCGUUCCCUCACACAUCUCCAUCUCUUCCUCUCUUCUCUAAAACAAAACGGAACGCUUAAUCAGUUAUCUGAAAGAUUCAUUUUUUGUUUCUUUGUUUGUCUGCGUUGCUCGUUUUAUAAAACUGGUUCUGCCUUGAAGGGCCGAGAAAGAGGCUUAUCGGUCUUGUUUGCAAUGGCACCCAGUUUCGAUUGUGUCUCGGCACUUCUCUGCGCAGAAGACGACAGCAUUUUCGACGAUGGCGAUUAUGGAGCUACGAUGGAGCCGUUGGACGUUACACGCGGACCCCGUAACCAUAACCUGUGCUUUCAUGAUCGACACGAUGGGUUGCCAUUGCAGAGUGACGAGUGUUUAGCGCAAAUGGUGCAAAAGGAAUGCGACCACUUGCCUGCAGGAGAUUACCUGAAUAGGCUACGAACUGCGGAUUUGGACUUUGGGGCCAGAAAGGAGGCCGUUGAUUGGAUUGAAAAGGUUCGAGAGCACUUCGGUUUCAGCCCCCUCUGUACAUAUCUAUCCAUAAACUAUCUGGACCGUUUCCUUUCAUCAUACGAAUUACCAAAGGGAAAAGGCUGGACAAUGCAAUUGUUGGCCGUGGCAUGCCUGUCUCUCGCUGCCAAAAUGGAAGAGGCUGAAGUUCCCCUGUCUGUUGAUUUGCAGGUGGGAGGAUCAAAGUUCGUAUUUGAAGCAAGAACAAUACAAAGAAUGGAACUUUUGGUACUGAGCACACUGAGGUGGAGAAUGCAAGCCAUCACUCCGUUUUCCUUCAUAGACUAUUUUCUAUUCAAGCUGAAUGAUGAUCAGAAACCAGAAGGAAGUUCCAUAUCGCGAUCCAUCCAAAUCAUAUCGAGCACAGCGAGAGGGGUUGACUUAUUGGAAUUCAGGCCCUCGGAAGUUGCAGCGGCAGUGGCAAUAUGUGUUGUAAGGGAAACCCAAACGGUGAAUACGGAGAAAGCAAUUUCGGUGCUGAGUCAACAUGUUGAAAAGGAGAGAGUGGUGGAGUGCUUGAAGAUAAUAAAGGAGAUGGCAUCAAACGGAAGAGAAGACUGCGUGGCGCAGAGCCCAAUUGGGGUGUGGGAGGCGGCCGCAUUAUGCUGGAGCCAUAAAAGCGAAGGAUCAAGUUCAUGUGGGAGUUCGUCUUCGUCACGUGAUGGCCCCGAUCCUAAAAGGAUCAAGUUAAACAAUACAAGUAACAGUGGAGUAGAGCUGUUGUAGUGAAUUUGGAGGCACGCUGCUUUACUCAGAAUACAGAGUGUGUGGUUUAUAGGGAAGGUGCCGCCCCCCCUUGGUCGAAACAGAGGAGGCAGAGCUGGUGGUGAAUUUUGAGACGAAGGAAGUGAGCUUCAAAUGAUGGUCGGGGAAAGAGGUUGAAUUGAAUUCUGAGGGAGGAAGGGGCCACCCUAUUUGUCGGAGCUGCUGUUAAAUAAUUUUACAGCUCUUAACAGCUAGCUACGGACCAGAGAUCGCAAAGCGCGGCCCUAUUGCUGGAUGCCAGUGCCAUUUUGUUUUCAGUACAGUUUGUGUUAGGCUUUAUUAUUAUUAUUCUUUUUCAGUACAGGCACUAGCCUCACAUAAAUAUUAGUGUUAUUUUCAUACGACCUUGUUAUUAAUUUUUCUUUUCCUUUCUU